CCCACCUUGAGGAAACAAUGUCAGUCCUCACACCGGAAGUGCACUUUUACUUUAUUUGUAAAAUCAAACCUAUUUUGGUUCUUUUCCAGAUUCAAUUUUGAAAAUAGGAGCAUAAUUGUAAUUAUUUAAAUAUUGCCCUUUUUAAAUUUAAUGUAGCGCUGGAAGUUUGAUCACGUGACCGCUCAAUCUUCUUGGGUUCCCCCUCCCCCCCCACUCCCUGAUAUUGAUCACUAUCGCUAAAAGAAAAUAAUUAUUAUUGUUAGAGACAAAAAAAACUGCAGAUGCUGGAAUCCGAGGUAGACACAUAGGAGGCUGGAAGAACACACCAAACCAGGCAGCCUCUGUAGGAAAGGGAAAGCUGAUGACCUUUGUUCAGAUUUGGGGAAAAAAUUUAGAAAUCUCAUCAAAAUGGAUUUCAAAGCCAGUUUAGGAUGCACAAGAGAAGAUCCAAAUGCGGUGGAGUGGAGAUCAGGAGGGAUUAAACGGAAAAAGUCUCAACGUGCACAAAACGAAGGGAGAGGUGAUAGGGAACAUAAGGCAACAAAAGAUUUUCUGAAGAAGGGUCUAGGCCCGAAACAUCAGCCUUCCUGCUCCUCUGAUGCUGCUUGGCCUGCUGUGUUCAUCCAGCUCUACACCUUGUUGCCUUAAAGAAAAGGUGUAUCUAGAUGGUGUGAAUAGCAGAGACUCCUUACAGGUGCGGUUGGCACUCUCAUACAGGUGCAUUCUGGAUGUUAUAGUUCCAAAAUAAAAUCACCAAGAAAUAACAUUAAAAGCUGUUAAACGUCAGAAUAUCAAGCUCUGCCUCGGAAGUCAUCAAGACCCAUUUAUUUUUAUUUAUUAUUUUGUUUUAUCUCCCUGUUUUGGCUGGUUUCCGGUGUGGUGACGCAGCAAACACGCCGCCAUUUCCGGUCCGUCUCCAUGGUAACCGGGCCUAAUGGUUAGGUUCCGUUAGGAAGAUGCGGCCGGAGGUGAUUGCAGUUAAACUGGCCGAGCAGCCGCGGGCCCCGAAGUUGCUGUUGCCUCUGCCUGAGGGUCUGCAGCAGGGCCCCGGUGGUGGAGUUCGGAUCUCCGCGUUGAAAGAGCUCAUCGUCGAGAAGUUGCCCGGAGCCGCGGCCGCCCCGGAGCUGAUAGAGCUGGUGUAUUGCGGACGGAAACUGAAGGAUGAGCAGACGCUGGAUUUCUAUGGGAUUCAAGCUGGAUCCACAAUCCACGUCCUGAAGAAGUCCUGGCCAGAACCAGAGCAGAAACCUGAGCCUGUGGAGCAGGCAGCCGCAGCCCGGGAAUUCCGUGUUCUCCAGGCAGCACUGCAUGCCAGCCCUGCCUACAGGGAGGCGGUUUUCAAGAUGUUGGCGAACAAGGAGUCACUGGACCAGAUCAUUGUUGCCACACCCGGGCUCAGCAAUGACCCCAUUGCUUUAGGUGUUUUGCAGGACAAAGAUUUGUUUGUGCUCUUCACUGACCCAAACCUAUUGGACACGUUGAUUUCUUCACAUCCUGCAUUAGUUAAUGCGAUGGUGUUGGUCCUACACUCUGUAACUGGAGAGGCCCCUUCGCCAGCUGCUGCUAGUAACUCGAGGAGUAUUCCAUCCAGCUCUUACAGUGAGGUUCCAGGUGGAUUCCUCUUUGACGGGCUUUCUGACGAUGAAGAUGAGUUUCAUCAGGCCCGGGCCACUGCUUCCUCCAGCAACCCCUCUAGCUCCCGUCCAGCCACAUUGGGCUACAGUGGCUCAGUUGGACCUCGACCUAUCACACAGAGUGAGUUGGCGACUGCGCUGGCAUUGGCCAGUACCCCAGAAAGUAGUGCUGCCACUCCGACCACAGGAACACAGGGCACAGCGUCAGGUCUGUCUCCAGUGAUGAACUCGGUGCCAUCGGCCACCCCCAUCAGCCACGAUAUAUUCAGCCAGGCACUGCAGCAAGCUCUGCAAGCUUCGAACAUCUCAGCACUUCAGAGUCAGUGGCAGCCACAGCUCCAGCAGCUCAGGGACAUGGGGAUCCAAGACAGCGAGCUGAGUCUGCGGGCUCUGCAGGCCACCGGAGGGGACAUUCAAGCCGCCCUGGAACUCAUAUUUGCCGGAGGAGCCCUUUAGCUUUACUGGCCAGUACCUGCAGUGCUCCUGCCCAACAGAAGCAGCAGGAGAGUGUGCGAAGUGCAUGCCAGAACAUGUAACUGUACAGACUCAAUUGUUCCAGCAGGAAGCUUUCAUUGUGGGGAGAGCACUGGCUGUGGUAAGUACUUGGCUGCUACAGGUCGCUAGGAUCUUUCUGUCUGCAAUAUGAAGUGAGUCACCCAGUUUCUUUGUUUUUAAAGAUAUGCCCAUUUCAACAAAACCUUGUGACUGACAUUUGUUCUGUUAAACUGCGGUGGAGGAGAUGUGCUCCUGCCACAGGGCGUGCUUUGUAUUUUAAGGCUAAUUUCUGUGUCAGAACUUGGGGUGAACUCCCUAAAGCUGGCUUCUUGUCAAAAUGGGCAAUUAGUCACUUAGUGUUACUGCCUCAUGUUAAUGCCCCAUGUGAUAAAUACUGAAAUAUACAGUCAUCUGUCACGUUCCCUACUUUUUGAGUGCAAGUCUAUCAGUUUGGUUUAUACAACCCUUCUAUCAAUGUGAAUACAUUUAAAUCCCCUGAUGCUGCUCUCUCCCAAAAAGAAAGUUGUAAUGCUUGGAACUUGUCUUGCCUCACCACUGGCCAUUCCUGAAGGCAACAACUUUAUUCUAAAGUUCCUCCUUAAAUUGCAUCAAUUUAAAAAUGCAAUUGGAGCAGUUCUUCCUGGAGUGUUUACGUUUCUGACCUCUUCCAUUUUGCAUGACUUGUGUUGCUGAUGAAGACUUGUGUCUCCAGUGUCAUUCAGUUUUGGGUUGGGGGAAGUUGCUACAAACAGUUUUACCAUUCGGUCUGCUUUGGAUAACUUGCAUGGUUUAAGAGAAUUUCCAUGACAAUUGCCUUAUUUUUAACCUGACAAUAGGAGCUUCUAGUACUAUGGUGCACAUCCAGCUCACCUGCCUUCGUAAAGUUAUCUGCUAUCCAGCAGUGGCUUCCUUGUGUGGACUGGAUUUACAUUACACAGUGAUGGUCUCUAUUUGCCCCAAGCUUUCAGCAAGGGACACAAAUGUCACCUUGCCAGCCUCAACAACUGGUCAAUUUCUGAAUAACUGCUUAAGAUUACGUUUGACUGUUUUUAAUUAUUGUAUGAUGUUACUUUACAAAUAUGUUGACCAUUAAACUUUACUCUAAUACUU